CACAACAAACAAAUAUUACCAUCAGUCCAAUGUCAGUAAAAAAAGGUCAAAAUGUGACAAUAACCUGUGAAUCAGAUGGUUAUCCUGAACCAACCUACACUAUUUAUCACAAUGUAGCAGUUAUCAGUAAUAAUAAGACAUACAUCAUUCAAUCAUUCAACUUCAAUCACGUUGGUUCAUAUUGUUGUGAAGCAAAGAAUAAACUGGGAAAUGAUUCAUCUGAUGUUAAAAAUCUUACUAUCAUCAAAGACAACGUUCUUUGUGAUGACCAAAAAGAGAGAAUAAAACAGUGCAAAACAGAAUGGUACAUUAUAUUAAUAACUUUAACAUCUGGAAUUAUCGUUGGAGUUUUCGUCUCUAUUUUAUUUUUUUUGCGUUAUCGUCAACAUUGGUUAAGUAAAAAACGUCAUCAAUGUCAAUCUCCAUCUGAAGUUAGAAAAAAUUCUGUUGAUACAACUUAUCAAGAAUUGGAUUUAUCAAAAAUGAAUAAAGAAGAUAAUUAUCAAUCAUUGAGACCAAAGGAUGACACAGUUGAUACAACUUAUGAAGAACUGGACAUAUCGAAAAGGAAUAUAGAAGAUAAUAAUUAUGAAUCUUUGUAAAAAAUAAUGAAUCGGAGUACGUGAUAGCCGACGAAAGAAGAAAUUAUGAGA